AUGGAGUUAGGAUCAAUUGCAGCGGUAUCUUGGCCGCAUUUUAAAAAGGAAUUCAAUGAUCGUUUCUUCCUAAACACUUUGAAGAAACAAAAGGCACGAGAGUUUAACAAUUUAGUGCAAAGGGAGAUGACAGUCGAGCAGUAUGCCCGAAAGUUUAUAGAACUCAAGAAGUUUGCUACACAUUUUAUUGCUACAGAGGAGAUGCGGAUCGAGCAAUUUCAGGAGGGUCUACGGCGAGAGAGUCGUAGACAGGUUGCUUGUUCGCAAAUUCCGACCUUUCAGCAAUUAGUGGAGGUUGCUACGAUUGCAGAACGAGAGUUUAUUGUUCCUGUUGCUGCUCCAAUCGGUCAAAAGAGAAGAAGUUUCGGGGAAGGAAGUAGUUCGGGGUCUGCACCUAAGUUUAUGACUAGGACUGGGGCCCGACCAUGCGGGCAAACGGGACAUCUUGCUCACAAUUGCCCUACCAUGAUGCAGGCAAAUCGAGACAGUUACCGUGGUGGGGGGACUACCCCAAGACCAACUGUUCAGGAUAGGAUUUACGUAGUGACCCCUGGUGAGGUAGAUGAUGAAGCUCCAGAAACCCAAAAUGCUGGAGUCAUCACAGGAGCAUCUCAGUCGUUCAUAUCUGCCACUUUUGCACGUAUGUGCAACCUGGUCUUUAAACCUUUAUCGCAGUCUUUGGUAGUGAAGUUACCAAAUGGGGAGACUGUGUGGUGUUCAAAGGUUACCCUAAGUUGUCCUCUCGUUAUUAAUGGAAUGACUCUUAAGGUAGAUUUGAUAAGGUUUAAAUUACUUGAGUUUGACAUUAUUUUAGGAAUGGAUUGGUUAUAUCAGCAUUUUGCUAGCAUUAAUUGUCGUGGUCGGAUAGUUAGUUUCCAACUACCUGGAGGGAAGUAUUUAGAGUUUGCAGGAAGUAAGAUAAAGGUGAAACCUGCAGUUAUAUCUGCCAUUCAAGCAAGCAGGGACUUAGCUAAUGGGGCGGAUGCCUUCUUGGUUCAAGUGGUGUCUGCACUUUCGGAGAAGAAAUCUUUAGCAGAUAUUCCGAUUGUGAAGGAGUUCUCUAAUGUGUUUGUGGAUGAUUUGCCCGGCUUGCCACCUGUUCGUGAUUUGGAGUUCGCCAUUGAUCUAGAAUCUGGUGCAGUACCAGUUCAUAAGGCCCCGUUCUGA